CUCCCUAAAACCUCUACCCCUCUCCCCGUGUCGGUCCUCUUCUGCUUCUUUGCUUCGCUCUCUGUGUCUCCUGUAUCUUUUUCUUUCAUCUUCUUCUUCUUCUUCUUCUUCUUCUUCGUCGUCGUCGUCGUCGUCGUCUCGAUUUUUUUUAUUUUUUUUUAUUUUUAUUUAUUAUUCAAUGGAGGCCAGGAGGUGCUCGUUAAUUGAUGGCACCGGCUAUGGUCGGACAGGGAAGGGAGAAAACUCGAGGUGGGUCCCCCACCCCCUUCCCUUGAAGAAGAGGACCACGAGACCACCAUCGCCUUAUUUAUAACGCCGGGGGUAACCGAAUUCACGAUCAAAAUGCCGCGUUCCGCGGCAUUGAUGGAUCGCCGCGGCUGUGCACCGCGUCGCGGUAUUUUCAAAUGGACCCACCCUUUUUCCUCGUCAGGCCCGCCAUCGAAAGACUCCCUUCGAGCUGGCAACGAAUUCUGCCCCUCAUCCUGCGAAACCUUCCAUUUCUAUGCGCAUAGAUAAACACCGGUGCUGGGCAAAAUAUAAUCCAUGAUUACCGCUACCGAGCAAUCGGUAACAAUCGAAUGAUUUACUAUCAUUUAUCGAAUUAUUAUUGAAAAGAUACCGUGUCCAACGUAACAAACAUACGAAACGGUAAAAAAUGGUAACAGAAGGUGACAACUCCAUCAAAGAUUGAAUAAUCACUAAGUACCCGUUAAAUGUAAAAGUUUCGUUACUUGGGAAAUAAACUUUUUCAUCUCCUCUCUAGUAGACCUGCCAGGUUGGUGGCCCUGACUAACAUUUUCAAUCUUCCAGAUUAGACAUUCUAUUGUAUAAAUUUUAAUAAACAGCCCUUUUACAAUCUGUCUAUCUAUCUAUCUGUAUUUGGUUGCUGCCACUUAUGAAUUUUGAGAGAGAAACUACCCCUAUCCUAUCUCCGUCUAGGUAAAUUCUGCACUUCGGAAAAUAUUGUGAAACGUUUCGAAUAAAAAUUUGAAAAGAAACCCAUUUUCACUGAAUAAAAAUAUCAUGAGUGUACAAUAGAAUUUUUGAACCAGCUCCGAUAUAGAGGGUAGUUUCUCUCUUGCACACAGCACCCUGUAGACGCACUCUGUAUACACAUCUAAUACUGACACAUUAACGGUACUGCUCGUGUCUUUGAGUGAAAUACUUGGGAAAACUUGCAGUUUGAAAGCUAAUCGUGUCAAACGGAGUCAACUCUGAAUUGAUACUUUUCUAUUAACCAUUGCUGCAUGAGGUACAAUUGUAGCCAAGGGUUGUAAUUUAAGUUCAAACGUAAUUAAACAAUUUUUGCAGGCUGCUGGGUCGUGGUUCCAUGCACGUCUUUUCUUGUGAACAGUUUCAAAAGCUGAUGGACGCCAGUGGCUUUUCAGGACCAUGGCAUUCCUUGGUGGACUUGGGAGCGGGGGACGGUGCCACCACCGCUCACGUUGCUCACCUCUUUGAAAAAGUUUAUGCUACGGACAUAUCAGCUCCGAUGAGGUGGGCUCUGACCAAAAGAAAAUUUACGGUGCUCGACGUAGAAAAGUGGUACGAAACCGGUCCGUUUAACACCAUACUAUGUCUGAAUUUAUUGGACCGAUGCGACCGACCAAACACACUCCUGAGACGUUUGAAAAAGUCCCUGGCUCCUGGUGGCAGGCUGAUCGUGGCCCUGGUCCUACCCUUCAGCCCUUACGUCGAGUGCGGCGAAAGGAGCGAUCACAAACCGUCGGAGUACCUGCCAGUGAAAGGGAACGGUUUGGAAGAUCAGAUCGCUAGCCUGGUCGACAGAGUUUUCGCACCUUUGGGCUUGAGGUGCCUCGUGUGGAGCAAGCUGCCUUACCUCUGCGAGGGCGAUCUCGGCCAGGCGUAUUACUUUCUCGACGACGUGGUUUUCGUUUUAGAGGCACAGCCCGACACCUCGCGGUACUUCGCCUCCGAGUGGACGGAUACCGCCGAGCCUUGGAACGGACAACGGGGACACGCUAAUUGGACAUGAUCGCGGGAGAGAGAAAGAGAUGUAACACAGCUUGACACGGGAAUAUGUGGAGGUGGCAGGAAACUUCUUAAUGACUGCACAAGCUGUAUGGUAUCGACUAACGCUAUAACAAAUAAAUAUGCAUUUCAGUGAUAUUGUUAACAAAGAAAGAUAAGGAAAAUACUAUAUAAUUGCGAAAAUAGUAUUAAUACUUGACAAUAGCACGCAUCGAUGCGAUAUCGUGCAAUAUGUAAUUAUUAUAAUUUGUAAAAUGACUUUACAUGAUAUAAACAUGAUAUUAAACAUUUUUUUGAAAAAUAAACUUCAUUUUUGCAAUAACGGUGUUCGAAAAAUAGUGAUUUGUAUUUAAAUUAACAACCGUGU